CCGCGACGGUCUUCUCACAUCGCGAGACGAAGCCGCUGGGGCGUCUGCGCUGACAAACGGAAGUGUAGGUGAGGGGCCGAGGCUUCGCCGCCAAGCUGGGCACCGGGGAGAUGGCAGAUACUGACCCUAAGACCGUGCAGGACCUCACCUCGGUGGUGCAGACCCUCCUGCAACAGAUGCAAGAUAAAUUUCAGACUAUGUCUGACCAGAUCAUUGGAAGAAUUGAUGACAUGAGUAGUCGCAUUGACGAUCUGGAGAAAAACAUUGCAGACCUCAUGACACAGGCUGGGGUGGAAGAACUGGAAGGUGAAAACAAGAUACCUGCCACACAGAAGAGUUGAAGGUCUCUGAUUUGCAAUAAAAUCUGGAACACCGUUUUUACAAGCCAAGAGAAGACUGAAUGGCUUUUUGCAACUACUAUUGUGUACACAGGUUUUAUAUUAUAAAGCGUGCACACUUGUCAUAUACUAUAUUGUUAGUUUUCAGAGUGAUUUUUUUCUGCAUUUUCUUGAACGUGGUAACUUCACAUCUUGGGCCUUGGUCAAUUGUGCCAUUAAAUAUUAAACACUAAACUCUGGCAGUUCCUGCAUAAUAUUGUCAAAUAUUUUAAUGUACUUUUGUGAAGUCACUUUUUUUCUGUCAUUCCUUUUGUAGUAGUUGCUGUUUGAUAAAAAUUGCUGUGUAAUUUAGACAAAUAGUAAAUCCUUCAAUUAUAAGUGGAUUUUGUGAAAUUAGAGAUUUGAGGAGCUUAGGUUUUUUAAUUUUCAGUAUAGAGUGACAGUUAAACUAACACCAAAUAGGUUGGCAGUAUUUUUCAACUUGACUAAAAAAAGUUUAAAAAUUAUUUAUUAAGAAAUAUUUGGCACUACCUUGUUACCAAAACUCAGAAUCAAACCACAGAUUCAUAUCUUUUUUUUUCUAUUUUAAGUCUCUGAGAUCAGAUGCUACAGUUGAUGAAAAGUAACUGCUGCCACUUUAGUGUGUUACAAUUGUUAAGUAUGGAAAACAACGGAAUAGCCCAGUGGAAUGGAAUGUUAGCGUUUUGCAUGAGAUUCUAAUACAGUAGAACCCUACAGUGUUCAUCUGCACUGGUUACCACAACAAAGUCUGGCAGGAUUCUAAAAUUGAAUUAUUCCAUCUUUUCUUUGAGCAACUGGAUGGAAAAAGAAACAGAAAAGGGAAAGAGACCACAUUAAGUCUGUGCCAGUCGCUUGGCUGAAAAAUGACCCAUGACUUUGUUGUAGUAGGAUGAGGUCUUAAGAAUUACUCUUUUACCUAAACAGUUUCUUAGCUCAGUUCUUUCAGAGUAACAACUUUAUAUUGAUCAUAGAAGCCUAGAGUAAAAAUUCUUGCCACUCAAAAGUCGGUGUCAGGCGUGCUAAGCUUAGAGGCCAGUAUUGAUGACAUCAGAGGGGAUUCCUGUGAUUGUCACAGCAGAGUGACUUUAUAUAACAAAAGUUUAAAAAAUUUAAAAAGUUGAGGAAUAGUAUCGUACUUGACAGAGGAAAAUGCUUAAUGAACACUGUAUGCUUUUUUCUUGUUUCCUAUAUCACAGUCUUCAUUGUUUGUAUUACAGGUAUAUAAUAAUAUUAAGAAAUAAUGUGUCCUAUUUAUAAAUCAUGGGAACGAAGAAGUAAAAUCCUUCAGUAGUAAAAUGGAUUAAUGGUUGUUAUUCCCCAGCUGCAGAAACAACUUUGAGCAGGCCGGUGGGUAAUGCUGCAAGGUCCUCGCCAUCCAUUUGGGCGAGGCCAUGUGAAACCUGGGGCAGGAUGGAAAUUACCUCACCUGAUGCUGUUGUAAGAGAGUCUGGAUUUAGUUAGGAGUUGGCUUCUGUAAGUAACCAGGGAGGAAGAUUUCCAAGGCAGUCUCUCCACCAAAAAUGUCUGCCGUGAAUAAAAGUGUGCCUGAAAUCCAACUA